AUGGUGUGUAUUAUAACGACCACGUCAUGUUGUGUGAUAGUUCUUGCUCUGUUUACCCAAGUAGCGACUGGGUGUUCGGUUGGAAAGACUUGUUUAUCCUCAGAUCAACCGCAUUGCUGUGAAAAAAACAAUGUUUGUCGACGCAAUUGCAUUGGCGAGCCUUGUACUUUGUCUAGCCACUGUGCGCCUGGCGAAUCUUGUUGUGAUGAAAAAUGUGCCUUGAUAAAUUGUUCGUCUUGUUCCUCUGAUAGCCAAUGCUCAUCAGGCGAAUAUUGUUGUGAUCGUGGUAAAGAUCAUAUCGGCAAGUGUGCUAGAUCUUGUAUUGGAAAUUCGUGUAAAGAUUAUUCUUACUGCGCAUCAGGAGAAUUCUGUUGUGGUCGUCAAAGCGCUAUUGGUGAAUGUGCUAGAUCUUGUAUUGGAAAAUUAUGUAGAGAGGAUUCGCACUGCGGAUCAGGCGGAUACUGUUGUUCUGAUGGAAAAUGUGCCUCAAACUGUAUGGGAGAAUUUUGUUCGCGUCAUUUCCACUGCCCAUCAGGUGAAUCUUGUUGUGAUCGUGGUCAAAGUCUUAGCGGCAAAUGUGCUGGAUCUUGUAUUGGAAAAUCGUGUAAAGAUUAUUCCCACUGCGAAUCUGGACAUUACUGUUGCGAUCGUGGUCAAAGUCUUAUCGGCGAAUGUGGUAGAUCUUGUAUUGGAAAAUCGUGUAAAUAUGAUUCACACUGCGGAUCAGAUGAAAGUUGUUGUGAUCGUGGUCAAAACACUAUUGGCGAAUGUGCGCGAUCUUGUAUUGGAAAGUUUUGUACAUAUGAUUCCAACUGCGCAUCAGAUGGAUACUGUUGUGGUUCUAAUGGAACAUGUGCCUUAGAAUGUACUGGAGAAUUUUGCUCCUCUGAUUCCCACUGCGGAUCCGGUGAAUCCUGUUGCGAUCUCGGUCAAAGUCGUAUUGGCGAAUGUGCUAGAUCUUGUAUUGGAAAAUCAUGUAAAAAAGAUAACCACUGCGGAUCAGGUGAAUAUUGCUGUGGUUCAAAUGGAACAUGUGCCUCAAAUUGUACUGGAGAAUUUUGUUUACAUGAUUUCCACUGCGGAUCAGGGAAAUAUUGUUGUGAUCGUGGUCAAAGUCUUGGCAAAUGUGCUAGAUCUUGUAUUGGAAAAUCUUGUAAAAAGUAUUCCCACUGCGGAUUAGGUGAAUAUUGUUGUGGUCGUGGUCGAGGUCUUAGUGGCGACUGUGCUAGAUCUUGUAUUGGAAAAUCAUGUAGAGAGAAUGACUACUGUGGAUCAGCUGAAUCCUGUUGUGGUGUUGAUAAUGACAAACAGUGUCUCAGUUCUUGUCUUGGAGAAUCGUGUAACUCGAGUGGCGAUUGUUCUGCUGGGCAAUGUUGUGAUGUUGAUAUGAAAUGUAAAACAGAUUGCGACGUAGAAAGUGGUACAGGAAGUGGGCGUGGCUGGCGUCUGGCAGUAAGCAUAGUUACUCCUAUUAUUUUUUUCAUUCUCCUCUUUCUGGUAGUGUUUUUCUGUCGUUGUAAAACCAAAACAACGGCCUGGAGACGACAAGCUGGUGCAGGAGUAACACAGUCUACAACCACAGGAAUGGCUGUCCUUACAACCCCACAACAACAACAACAACAACAACAACAACAACAACAACAACAACAGCAGCAACAACAACAACAACAACAACAACAACAACAACAACAACAACAACAACAACAACAACAACAACAACAACAACAACAACAACAACAACAACAACAACAACAACAACAACAACAGCAACAGCAACAACGACAGCAACAACAACAACAACCAAUGUAUUUACAUGUAGGAAACCUUCAACAGCACACGAAUCAACAACGCACCAAUGAACCCCCACCGCCCUACACCAACCAACCCCCACCCCUAUACCCCAACGAACCCCCACCACCAUACCACAACCAACCCCCACUACACCCUAAUGAGCCCCCGCCUUUAUACAAUCUAACGAUGGCAUACAAUACAACAACUAGAGUUUAA